AUGGCUCCCCCAUCCUCCUAUGUCGAAGCUCCCCCAUCCUCCAAUGUUGCAGCUCCCCCAUCCUCCUAUGUCGAAGCUCCCCCAUCUUCCUAUGUUGCAGCUCCCCAAUCUUCCUAUGUUGCAGCUCCCCCAUCUUCCUAUGUUGCAGCUCCCCAAUCUUCCUAUGUUGCAGCUCCCCCAUCCUCCUAUGUCGAAGCUCCUCCAUCCUCUCAUGUUGAAGCUUCCUCAUCUUCCUAUGUUGCAGCUCCCCAUCCUCUCAUGUUGAAGCUCCCCAUUCCUCCUAUGUCGAAGCUCCCCCAUCCUCCCAUGCUGUACCCCAUCUUCCAAUGUUGCAGCUCCCCCAUCCUCCCAUGCUGUAGCUCUCCCAUCCUCCUAUGUUGCAGCUUCCCCAUCUUCCUAUGUUGCAGCUCCCCCAUCUUCCUAUGUUGCAGCUCCCCAUCUUCCUAUGUUGCAGCUCCCCCAUCUUCCUAUGUUGCAGCUCCCCAUCUUCCUAUGUUGCAGCUCCCCCAUCCUCUCAUGUUGCAGCUCCCCCAUCCUCCUCUGUUGCAGCUCCCCCAUCUUCUCAUGUUGCAGCUCCCCCAUCCUCUCAUGUUGCAGUUCCCCCAUCCUCCUAUGUCGAAGCUCCCCCAUCCUCCUCUGUUGCAGCUCCCCCAUCCUUCUAUGUUGCAGCUCCCCCAUCCUCUCAUGUUGCAGCUCCCCCAUCCUCUCAUGUUGCAGCUCCCCAUCCUCCUAUGUCGAAGUCCCCCAUCUUCCUAUGUUGCAGCUCCCCCAUCCUCUCAUGUUGCAGCUCCCCAUCCUCCUAUGUCGAAGCCCCCAUCCUUCUAUGUUGCAGCUCCCCCAUCCUCUCAUGUUGCAGCUCCCCCAUCCUCCUAUGUAGAAGCUCCCCCAUCCUCCCAUGCUGUAGCUCUCCCAUCCUCCUAUGUUGCAGCUCCCCCAUCUUCCUCUGUUGCAGCUCCCCCAUCUUCCUAUGUUGCAGCUCCCCCAUCUUCCUAUGUUGCAGGUCCCCCAUCUUCCAAUGUUGCAGCUCCCCCAUCCUCCCAUGCUGUAGCUCUCCCAUCCUCCUAUGUCGAAGCUCCCCCAUCUUCCUCUGUUGUAGCUCCCCCAUCUUCCUAUGUUGCAGGUCCCCCAUCUUCCAAUGUUGCAGCUCCCCCAUCCUCCCAUGCUGUAGCUCUCCCAUCCUCCUAUGUCGAAGCUCCCCCAUCUUCCUCUGUUGCAGCUCCCCAUCUUCCAAUGUUGCAGCUCCCCAUCCUCCCUGUAGCUCUCCCAUCCUCCUAUGUCGAAGCUCCCCCAUCCUCCCAUUAG